UGAAAACAAAGGUUUGAUAUUGUAAACAAGACAAUUUGAUAAAUGGAAAUGGAUAUUUUGAAACAUUUAGAGUUAUGUGAAAGCAUCCUUCAUAAAAUUUAUGAUUUACCAAAAUCCGGAUCAUUACUUAUAUUAAAUGAAUUUUGUGCUGAAUUUUCUAAAUGUUGUAUUAAACUUCAUAAAAUUAUUAUCGAAAUUAUGUUCUUGUGUUUAUAUCAAAUUAUCAGUUGUGUCAACUAUUUGGAGAAAACUAUAAAAAUGGAACGAAUUUCUAAUUCAAUUUUGAGUUUAACUAGAAAAUUUUUUGUGGAUCGAAUACUUUGGUGCUUUGUCAAAAUGAAAUCUUUAACGAAUUCAAUGAACGAUAAUACCUUCCCAAAAAUUUUAGAUGAAACAAGUUUCAUUGUUUUGAUAGAUACUGCUUUAGAAUUGCUGGUACCCUACAGCAAAUAUGGCGAAGAAAACUGUGAUGAAUCAACUCCCAGAGAAAAAUUUCAAACAAAAAUCGCUUGUCAACAGUUAAGAACCGCAAUCGAUAAAUUGAUAGGUCAAUCAUUAGCUUUUGCAAAUGUUGCCCAAUCAUGUGAUAAGAAAGUUAUUAAUUCAUUGUGCCAAAAAGUUUUAAAAGACUGCAUAGAUUUUCAAAACGAAUGUGAUUUUUCAAGUACAGAGAAGCAGUUAUUGACCCAGAAAAAUAUUCGCUUGAAAUCACUUGUAGUAGAAAAUGCUAUAUAUAAGCUAGAAGAUUUUAUUAAUGAAAGUCUCUUAAAAUUAUUUUUUUUCGUUUUUACGGACCUUGAAAAUAAUUCGGUCAGAAAUAUUCGCAAGAGUAUAAAAGAAAAUCCAAAGGACAAAAAAAUUGAUGAUAUGAUAGCAGACUUUGAUAUUAAUGUUGAUCGUUUAAUACAGAUUGGAACGUUUGCUUUAACUUUUGCACCAAAUUCAAAAGUGAAAACAAAUGUCCGGAAUUCUUUGGCAUCGUUAGAAUCCUUGGAUUCCUAUCUAGUUCCAUCAUUAUACUCGAAAUGCGAUUUUAAUUUUGCUAUAUUAGAGGAACACUUUUUAGAAGAAGUUGAAAAACUUAAAAAAUCUCUUCAAACAAUAGUUGAAACUGAUGCACUUACGGAAUCAUACUUAAAUAUUUUAAGUGAAAUUCUAGAAAAAAACCAAUUUGAUCUUAAAGAUUUUACUAAUAUAACACAAAUGGCAAAUUUGUUAAUAGAGCAUAUUGAACUUAAUGAAUCGGAAUUAAAACUAGAGGAUGACCAUGAAAAAAAUGAGAAAUACAAUAAGUUUAAACUGAUGGCAAAUGAAUGCUCAGCUAUUUUAACUUGUGCUGACCAGGUUGAACCAAAAAGAAUAUUGAAACGUUUCAAAAUUAUGAAAUCUUGUCUCGAAAAAUUUAAAAUCAUUUUAAAUAAAGGUAGCGAUAUUUCAACAAAAAGUAAAUAUGAACAGAUUUUUAUAACAUCAGAAGAAUUAGCAGAGUCUCAGAAAAUGUUUGAAUCAUUAGGUAUUUCACCUACUAUAAAAAGUAUUUUAUAUAAGAACAAAAAAUUAAAUAUGACUGAAUCUUUAAUCGGACAAUGUUCUAGACAACUAAGCUUUGACAGCUCCUAUUCAGAAACAACGAUUAAGACUCCUGAAAUGAAAAAGCUAAAGAGAAAAAUUAGUUUACGAACUGCUAUGUUUAAACGUCAGACAAGUGAAGAAACUAAAAAAAUGCAUAAAAUUUUUGAUGAAAACUCAAUGAAUCUAGAAAUAUCAGAUAUUUUAGACCAAAUAACAGGUCUGUCAUCCUCAUUCGGGUAAACAAAAAAACAGUGACUAAAAUACGAAAUAUUUUAUAUGAUUUUUAAGAAAUUUUUGAAAUUUUUUUUAAAAAUGGAAACCAAAUUUUGUUCUAAGUUUUAAGAAAAGUAAAAAG